CGUAUCCUGAUUUCAACUUGAGCUUCUGUGAUCUGUCUAGCUUAGGAAGCUGGUUUUUGCCUUGUCUUGUAUGUUCCCCUCGGUCAAAAUUGAGAUGUGCAGGGUGGUUUCAUGCUCUGUUUGGUUAGAAUUCUUCUCGGCUCUCGUCCGGUUUGCCGAAUCCCUUUUUGGAUGUCACGUUAUCUUGGGCUCUUAAUUAUGGAGUUCAUCUAUGGAAGGUCCUAUUAUUAAUUUUGUGUUUAAGAAAAAGGAAGCAACCACAUGAUGUAUGGACACUAAUGGAAAUUGCUCUUGAGGGCUUGGAUUGGACGUGACGAAAUGAAUUUCGUGUGAAAGGAGGUCGUGCUUCGUUGCUCUGCCGAGCGGCCUCUUUCGCACGACAUAUGAGUAGCCAAGGAUUCGAUACAUGGAUACUAGAAGUUCGAGGUGCUGGGCUGAGUGCAAGACAAAUGGACUAUGAAGAGGCUAAGCGAUCCCUUAACAGGGUGUCUGAUUGGACAGAAUCAGGUAACAAGUAUAGAACCCCUGUUCUAUCAGCAUCAGGAUUGCCAUCAACCAGUGCCACUGAUUUAUUUGCUGCCAAAGCCUCUCCAUCCAGAAUGAACGGAACUUUUUUGAAGUUAAUUCAGAAUUUAUCAGUGUUGUUAGCAGGGCAAAGCUCUAACAUUAUUAGCCAACUGAGGGAAUUGAGUCAAAAACUAGUGCAUAUCAUCGGAAAAGGUCAAAACGUGGUCCCACCACCAUUGGUUGGCCUGCAAGAGCACCUUUCCAGCACAUUGGAAGAUUUCCAAAAGCAACUGGAUGUUAUUGAGAAUUACGAUUGGGACUUCGACCACUAUCUAGAAGAGGAUGUGCCCACUGCGAUGGAUUACAUAAGGACAUACUCCAAAUCAAAAGAUAGCAAAUUGCUUGCAAUUGGUCACUCCAUGGGAGGUAUCUUGCUGUAUGCAAUGCUCUCAAGAUACGGUUUUAAGGGGAAAGAUCCUGGGUUGGUGUCAGUUGCGACUCUGGGGUCAUCACUUGACUUCACACCCUCGAGAUCAUCAUUGAAAUGGCUCUUACCUCUGGCAAAACCUGCGCAGGCUCUGAAUGUCCCUGUCGUUCCUCUUGGAGGAUUGAUUGCUGCAGCUCAUCCAUUUGCAUCACGUCCUCCUUUCUCAUGGUUGCAUCUGCAAAUAUCUGCUCAGGACAUGAUGCACCCAGAUUUGAUGGAGAAGCUUGUUAUGAACAAUUUUGGCACAGUUCCUGCUAGGCUUCUCUUACAGCUGACAACAGCAUUUCAAGACGGUGGAUUAUGUGACCGGAGUGGGACUUUCUUUUACAAAGAUCAUAUAGAUAAAUGCAAUGUCCCAAUCUUAGCCCUUGCUGGAGAUCUAGAUCUUAUAUGUCCACCCGACGCAGUAUAUGAAACGGCAAAGCUUAUACCGGAGCAUCUGCUGACUUACAAAGUGUUUGGUGAACCCGGCGGUCCACAUUAUGCUCACUAUGAUUUGGUGGGUGGCGGAAUGGCACCUUCUCAAGUCUAUCCAUGUAUAAUCCAGUUCCUUGAUCGUCACGACAAGAUUUGACUUUUUCCUCCGAUUUGAUUCUUUUGUCCUCAAAUCCCAAAAUCCAAUGCAGAAUCCAAAAGGGAGGUGCACUUGAUUUGGGUCAUAUAUAUCGCAUCAGUGACUGUACAGUGUUGAUUUGUAAAAUUUUCUUGUACUACUAAAAGUUGUCAAAAGCUCGUAACAAUGUAUGGAAGAAACAUCUUUGUAUCUGUGUAAGGACAUAGAAGUAAACUUGUCAAACCGGUGGAUCGAUUCGAAAAUGGUUCGAUUCAAAUUGAUUCUUUUAA